AUGGGUUCCGGUUCCCCUACAAGUCCCAGGGUUUCAGCCAUUCCGUCCCACAUGUUGAACGGUAGCUCCCCGCUGCAACGUUCAACAGGUGGCCGUGAUUCUCGUGAGCGCGAGAGUCUGAGUACAUCUAUUCGCUCCUCUUUUGAACCCCGAAUUCCCGUUGAAUUUGAAUCUCCUGAGACUAAGACCGACACCAAGACCGAGACCCAGGCCGAAACUGAGGAAACUGGAGCCGCCCCCACCCAGGCCGUUUCCAAUGCUUCUGUGCCAAUCCGCAGUGUGGCACCAGUGCAUCCCACCUUGAAUGACCCUCCCCGCGAUCCCCGGGAUGCGGCCGCCCCAUUGACGCCCUCAACAACUGUCAGCCGACCUGCUAGCCCCUACACAUUGACCCCGCCCAUAGACUUUGACGGUCUCAGCUGGCCUUGCCCGGGAACCAGACAGCGGAAGGAGUCGACGCCGGAGGAGACCGAACAACGACUUGAGAAGAUGUCCGGAGCUAUCCGCACAAUCCUGGAAUGUAUCGGCGAGGACCCGGAAAGAGAGGGACUUCGCGAGACCCCCAUGCGAUAUGCCCAGGCCAUGCUCUAUUUCACUAAGGGCUAUGAGGAGAAUGUUCGGGACUUGGUCAACAACGCUGUCUUCCACGAGGAUCACGAUGAGUUGGUUAUUGUCAAGGACAUUGAUGUCUUCUCGAUGUGCGAGCACCACAUGGUGCCAUUCACCGGAAAGAUGCAUAUCGGAUACAUUCCUGACCGCCGUGUCCUUGGUCUGUCAAAACUGGCUCGCCUGGCAGAGAUGUUCUCUCGCAGACUCCAGGUCCAGGAGCGUCUGACCAAGCAAGUCGCGUUAGCCAUUUCAGAGGUCCUCCAGCCUCGUGGCGUCGGUGUCGUUAUGGAAUCCUCCCACCUUUGCAUGGUUAUGCGUGGUGUGCAGAAGGUUAGCAGCACCACCACUACCAGCUGUAUGCUGGGAUGUAUGCGGUCCAGCGCCAAGACUCGCGAAGAGUUCUUGACUCUGUUGAACCGGAGAUAA